GAUAAUCGAGAAUUAGUUAUAGUUAUAGCUAUAAUUAAUUAUAAUAGAAGAAAGGUUCCUAUAUAUAUUAUUUUCAAGGAAGUAUACUAUCUUUGCGGAUAUUUCUUACGGAUACUUAAUAGUAGUAUUAAAUUUAUAUACUCUUCUACUAAUUUUAUAAAUAAUUACCUGGGUUUAUAA